AUGGUAGAGUCGGCCGCCGUACCUCCGCCGAGGUUACACCAUAAUGUGAUACCGCCCGGGAUGCAUCCAUCCGCACCCAGGGAAUAUCGACCACCGCUCUCCAUCAUCAAGUUUCUCGAGCUGUCGCUGGCAAUUACCUGCACCACGCUCCACUACUACAGCUUCGAUGAUGGCGAUCUCGUGACGGGGUUUCUUGCCACGGGCACCUUCUGCGGGUUCAUCGUCAUUCUGUUCACCGUAAUGGCAGGCUACCUGAUGAAGGCCCACCUGCAUCGCCGGUUGAGCAUCUUCUACAGUCUGCUCGGUUGCGCAUGCUUUCUCACGUCCGGCGUCUUCAUCAUCGAGGCGUGGGAGCAUGCAUUUCGCACCCGCACGCGUGAUCUCGCCAUCACCAAGGGUUCGAUAGCGGUCAUCAAUGGGGUGAUCUUCCUGAUGGACACGAUUUUUACCUUUCGUGAGCGAAAGUGA